UGGUGUCUACGUGGAAACCUGUUGAAGGUGGCUAUGAUGUGAUUGGUGCAUCUCAGCCAAUCAGAGCUGCUCCUGGUGAUGAUGUCAUCUUGCCAUGUUGGGUCAGUCCUGAGUGGAACGCGACGAGGAAGACGGUGGCGUGGUCCAGACUGAACAUAACACAGAACUCCUCAACCCAAAAAUAUGUUUUGUUGUACAGGGGCUUUAAAUUGGACAAAGACGCGAUGAUGGAGUCGUACAUCCGGAGGGUGUCUCUGUUGCCUGGCAACCUGAGUGUUGGAAACCUAUCGCUGAAACUCACCAAUGUGACGGUCAACGACAGUGGGAGCUAUCAAUGUUUUCUCCCAAGCCUGAAGAAAUUCACUACAGUUCAAUUUAUUGUGGAUUCGUCAGCGGCUGGAAACCUGAACACUUCAGAGUACAGUGGCUAUGAUGUGAUUGGUGCAUCUCAGCCAAUCAGAGCUGCUCCUGGUGAUGAUGUCAUCUUGCCAUGUUGGGUCAGUCCUGAGUGGAACGCGACGAGGAAGACGGUGGCGUGGUCCAGACUGAACAUAACACAGAACUCCUCAACCCAAAAAUAUGUUUUGUUGUACAGGGGCUUUAAAUUGGACAAAGACGCGAUGAUGGAGUCGUACAUCCGGAGGGUGUCUCUGUUGCCUGGCAACCUGAGUGUUGGAAACCUAUCGCUGAAACUCACCAAUGUGACGGUCAACGACAGUGGGAGCUAUCAAUGUUUUCUCCCAAGCCUGAAGAAAUUCACUACAGUUCAAUUUAUUGUGGAUUCGUCAGCGGCUGGAAACCUGAACACUUCAGAGUACAGUGGCUAUGAUGUGAUUGGUGCAUCUCAGCCAAUCAGAGCUGCUCCUGGUGAUGAUGUCAUCUUGCCAUGUUGGGUCAGUCCUGAGUGGAACGCGACGAGGAAGACGGUGGCGUGGUCCAGACUGAACAUAACACAGAACUCCUCAACCCAAAAAUAUGUUUUGUUGUACAAGGACUUUAAAUUGGACAAAGACGCGAUGAUGGAGUCGUACAUCCGGAGGGUGUCUCUGUUGCCUGGCAACCUGAGUGUUGGAAACCUAUCGCUGAAACUCACCAAUGUGACGGUCAACGACAGUGGGAGCUAUGAAUGUUUUCUCCCAAGCCUGAAGAAAUUCACUACAGUUCAAUUUAUUGUGGAUUCGUCAGCGGCUGGAAACCUGAACACUUCAGAGUACAGUGGCUAUGAUGUGAUUGGUGCAUCUCAGCCAAUCAGAGCUGCUCCUGGUGAUGAUGUCAUCUUGCCAUGUUGGGUCAGUCCUGAGUGGAACGCGACGAGGAAGACGGUGGCGUGGUCCAGACUGAACAUAACACAGAACUCCUCAACCCAAAAAUAUGUUUUGUUGUACAGGGACUUUAAAUUGGACAAAGACGCGAUGAUGGAGUCGUACAUCCGGAGGGUGUCUCUGUUGCCUGGCAACCUGAGUGUUGGAAACCUAUCGCUGAAACUCACCAAUGUGACGGUCAACGACAGUGGGAGCUAUGAAUGUUUUCUCCCAAGCCUGAAGAAAUUCACUACAGUUCAAUUUAUUGUGGAUUCGUCAGCGGCUGGAAACCUGAACACUUCAGAGUACAGUGGCUAUGAUGUGAUUGGUGCAUCUCAGCCAAUCAGAGCUGCUCCUGGUGAUGAUGUCAUCUUGCCAUGUUGGGUCAGUCCUGAGUGGAACGCGACGAGGAAGACGGUGGCGUGGUCCAGACUGAACAUAACACAGAACUCCUCAACCCAAAAAUAUGUUUUGUUGUACAAGGACUUUAAAUUGGACAAAGACGCAAUGAUGGAGUCGUACAUCCGGAGGGUGUCUCUGUUGCCUGGCAACCUCAGUGUUGGAAACCUAUCGCUGAAACUCACCAAUGUGACGGUCAACGACAGUGGGAGCUAUCAAUGUUUUCUCCCAAGCCUGAAGAAAUUCACUACAGUUCAAUUUAUUGUGGAUUCGUCAGCGGCUGGAAACCUGAACACUUCAGAGUACAGUGGCUAUGAUGUGAUUGGUGCAUCUCAGCCAAUCAGAGCUGCUCCUGGUGAUGAUGUCAUCUUGCCAUGUUGGGUCAGUCCUGAGUGGAACGCGACGAGGAAGACGGUGGCGUGGUCCAGACUGAACAUAACACAGAACUCCUCAACCCAAAAAUAUGUUUUGUUGUACAGGGACUUUAAAUUGGACAAAGACGCGAUGAUGGAGUCGUACAUCCGGAGGGUGUCUCUGUUGCCUGGCAACCUGAGUGUUGGAAACCUAUCGCUGAAACUCACCAAUGUGACGGUCAACGACAGUGGGAGCUAUCAAUGUUUUCUCCCAAGCCUGAAGAAAUUCACUACAGUUCAAUUUAUUGUGGAUUCGUCAGCGGCUGGAAACCUGAACACUUCAGAGUACAGUGGCUAUGAUGUGAUUGGUGCAUCUCAGCCAAUCAGAGCUGCUCCUGGUGAUGAUGUCAUCUUGCCAUGUUGGGUCAGUCCUGAGUGGAACGCGACGAGGAAGACGGUGGCGUGGUCCAGACUGAACAUAACACAGAACUCCUCAACCCAAAAAUAUGUUUUGUUGUACAAGGACUUUAAAUUGGACAAAGACGCGAUGAUGGAGUCGUACAUCCGGAGGGUGUCUCUGUUGCCUGGCAACCUGAGUGUUGGAAACCUAUCGCUGAAACUCACCAAUGUGACGGUCAACGACAGUGGGAGCUAUCAAUGUUUUCUCCCAAGCCUGAAGAAAUUCACUACAGUUCAAUUUAUUGUGGAUUCGUCAGCGGCUGGAAACCUGAACACUUCAGAGUACAGUGGCUAUGAUGUGAUUGGUGCAUCUCAGCCAAUCAGAGCUGCUCCUGGUGAUGAUGUCAUCUUGCCAUGUUGGGUCAGUCCUGAGUGGAACGCGACGAGGAAGACGGUGGCGUGGUCCAGACUGAACAUAACACAGAACUCCUCAACCCAAAAAUAUGUUUUGUUGUACAAGGACUUUAAAUUGGACAAAGACGCGAUGAUGGAGUCGUACAUCCGGAGGGUGUCUCUGUUGCCUGGCAACCUGAGUGUUGGAAACCUAUCGCUGAAACUCACCAAUGUGACGGUCAACGACAGUGGGAGCUAUGAAUGUUUUCUCCCAAGCCUGAAGAAAUUCACUACAGUUCAAUUUAUUGUGGAUUCGUCAGCGGCUGGAAACCUGAACACUUCAGAGUACAGUGGCUAUGAUGUGAUUGGUGCAUCUCAGCCAAUCAGAGCUGCUCCUGGUGAUGAUGUCAUCUUGCCAUGUUGGGUCAGUCCUGAGUGGAACGCGACGAGGAAGACGGUGGCGUGGUCCAGACUGAACAUAACACAGAACUCCUCAACCCAAAAAUAUGUUUUGUUGUACAAGGACUUUAAAUUGGACAAAGACGCGAUGAUGGAGUCGUACAUCCGGAGGGUGUCUCUGUUGCCUGGCAACCUGAGUGUUGGAAACCUAUCGCUGAAACUCACCAAUGUGACGGUCAACGACAGUGGGAGCUAUCAAUGUUUUCUCCCAAGCCUGAAGAAAUUCACUACAGUUCAAUUUAUUGUGGAUUCGUCAGCGGCUGGAAACCUGAACACUUCAGAGUACAGUGGCUAUGAUGUGAUUGGUGCAUCUCAGCCAAUCAGAGCUGCUCCUGGUGAUGAUGUCAUCUUGCCAUGUUGGGUCAGUCCUGAGUGGAACGCGACGAGGAAGACGGUGGCGUGGUCCAGACUGAACAUAACACAGAACUCCUCAACCCAAAAAUAUGUUUUGUUGUACAGGGACUUUAAAUUGGACAAAGACGCGAUGAUGGAGUCGUACAUCCGGAGGGUGUCUCUGUUGCCUGGCAACCUGAGUGUUGGAAACCUAUCGCUGAAACUCACCAAUGUGACGGUCAACGACAGUGGGAGCUAUGAAUGUUUUCUCCCAAGCCUGAAGAAAUUCACUACAGUUCAAUUUAUUGUGGAUUCGUCAGCGGCUGGAAACCUGAACACUUCAGAGUACAGUGGCUAUGAUGUGAUUGGUGCAUCUCAGCCAAUCAGAGCUGCUCCUGGUGAUGAUGUCAUCUUGCCAUGUUGGGUCAGUCCUGAGUGGAACGCGACGAGGAAGACGGUGGCGUGGUCCAGACUGAACAUAACACAGAACUCCUCAACCCAAAAAUAUGUUUUGUUGUACAAGGACUUUAAAUUGGACAAAGACGCGAUGAUGGAGUCGUACAUCCGGAGGGUGUCUCUGUUGCCUGGCAACCUGAGUGUUGGAAACCUAUCGCUGAAACUCACCAAUGUGACGGUCAACGACAGUGGGAGCUAUCAAUGUUUUCUCCCAAGCCUGAAGAAAUUCACUACAGUUCAAUUUAUUGUGGAUUCGUCAGCGGCUGGAAACCUGAACACUUCAGAGUACAGUGGCUAUGAUGUGAUUGGUGCAUCUCAGCCAAUCAGAGCUGCUCCUGGUGAUGAUGUCAUCUUGCCAUGUUGGGUCAGUCCUGAGUGGAACGCGACGAGGAAGACGGUGGCGUGGUCCAGACUGAACAUAACACAGAACUCCUCAACCCAAAAAUAUGUUUUGUUGUACAGGGACUUUAAAUUGGACAAAGACGCGAUGAUGGAGUCGUACAUCCGGAGGGUGUCUCUGUUGCCUGGCAACCUGAGUGUUGGAAACCUAUCGCUGAAACUCACCAAUGUGACGGUCAACGACAGUGGGAGCUAUCAAUGUUUUCUCCCAAGCCUGAAGAAAUUCACUACAGUUCAAUUUAUUGUGGAUUCGUCAGCGGCUGGAAACCUGAACACUUCAGAGUACAGUGGCUAUGAUGUGAUUGGUGCAUCUCAGCCAAUCAGAGCUGCUCCUGGUGAUGAUGUCAUCUUGCCAUGUUGGGUCAGUCCUGAGUGGAACGCGACGAGGAAGACGGUGGCGUGGUCCAGACUGAACAUAACACAGAACUCCUCAACCCAAAAAUAUGUUUUGUUGUACAAGGACUUUAAAUUGGACAAAGACGCGAUGAUGGAGUCGUACAUCCGGAGGGUGUCUCUGUUGCCUGGCAACCUGAGUGUUGGAAACCUAUCGCUGAAACUCACCAAUGUGACGGUCAACGACAGUGGGAGCUAUCAAUGUUUUCUCCCAAGCCUGAAGAAAUUCACUACAGUUCAAUUUAUUGUGGAUUCGUCAGCGGCUGGAAACCUGAACACUUCAGAGUACAAUUGGCUGCAUGUUCUUUGGGUUCUCCUGGUUGGCAUCCCUGUUAGUUUUACCUCUUUAAAAAAAGAAAAGUAG